UUAGUUUUUUUUUUUCGCCCAACAACGGUCAGACUGUUCAGAGCUCGUUGUUGGAAUUCGGAUAAUAAAUUUUGUAUAUUUUUGCGUCGCCGCGGGAAAACUUCGGGAAAAAGCCCCCCGAAAAUCAAAUUCAAAUAUCAAUUUUCUUGUUUUUUUUUUCUGUUUUUAUAUGCUGCUGAUUUUUUUUUGGUUACGGUUCGAAAACAAUCAAACACACAUGCAAAUAAAAAUAAAAAAUAAAUAAAUUUUAAAUAAAAAUCACACAGAUUAAUUAAAAAAAAAAAAGUGCGUGCGCGUGCAGAAAACGAAAAAAAAAGAAAGAAAAAAAAAGCAAAAAAGAGAGAGUAGAUUAUUGUGGGCGAAUCAACAAGAAAAAGAGAAUGAAUGAUGAUGAGGAAAAUAGUAGGCAAACGCAGAGGCAGUUGUAGUUGUCGUUGUGGUAGUACCAAAAAUAAAGAAACUGCGAAAACUGCUUGUGAAGUGACAACAACAACAUAAAUAAAUUCCAAAAAAGUUGGAAAAACCAAUUAAAAAUAAUAUAUAAAAUAAUAAUAAAGAAAAAAAAAGCCGCAGCCAGCCAGAAGUUUGCAACAAAUUUUAAAAAAGAGGUUCCGCCCUCCCCCAAUUCCAUAUGCAAAAUGUCUAGUCCCGACGAUAGAAUACACGAUCUGCCAUCAGAAGCCGGAAGCAAUGAGCGACUGCUGCAGCACAUAACGCCGGGCGCCCUGACAUUGGACUACAAGCCCCAUCCGGCGGUGGAUAUCGAUCAGCAGAUCAUGGAGCUGAAAAAAAGUCAGGAAUUGCAAAAACAAAGGCUAUACCAUUCAUACCAGGAGCAGUCGAAGCAAAUGGAACUGGAGCAUAAAUUGCAAUUGGAGCACAAGUAUCAAUUUGCGGUGAAUUCCCAUGGCGCCUUCCAGGAACUGCGCGAGCAGCAGAGCAUGGUGACAGCCGCUGCUGCGGCUGCUGCUGCUGCAGUUGCAGAGGAGCAGCAUCAUCGCCAACAACAACAACAACAACAACAACAGCAGCAACAACAACAACAACAACAAAGGGAACAACAACAACAGCGAGAAAGAAGAGAAAGAGAAGGAAUGAAGCGAAAGGAUAACUGCAGCGCCAAUGCCAGUCCGGAAGUUAAACAGAUCCUGAAUUGCUUCAUCAUGAGCCGCAAGUCCCAGGCGGCAGCAUCCAACGGCACAACGACAACAUCUCCAUAUAGAAAUCGUGGUGUGGUGAAGAGCUCCUCCGGAGAGUCCCUGCCAGCGGGCACCGUAACGAGUGCCCAUCCGUACAAAAUACCUCAGCCGCCCUCCUCACUGCUCAAAUAUGAAUCUGAUUUUCCGCUGAGGAAGACAGCAUCCGAACCGAAUCUGCUGAAGAUCCGGCUGAAGCAGAGCGUCAUCGAGCGGAAGGCCCGAAUUGGCGGACCGGCGGGUGCCCGGCGGCACGAGCGACUGCUCCAGGCGGCCCAGAGGCGCCAGCAGAAGAACUCGGUCAUCACAAAUUGCAAUAGUACGCCGGAUUCGGGGCCGAACUCCCCGCCCUCUGCGGCCGCCCUGGCAGUGGGCGUGGUCGGCAGUAGGGGCUCCCCCACCAGCGCCCCCAUCCAGGAGGAGAACGAGGAGGGCAGCCAGUACCAGCCCGGUCCCAGGAGCAGCAUCAACGAUCUGCCCCUCUUCAGCUCCCCCUCGCUGCCGAACAUCUCGCUGGGCCGUCCCCACCUGCCCAAUCCCGUCCAGGUGCAGGCCCAGGUCCAGGCCCAAGCCCAGGCCCAGGCCACCGCCCAGGCCAACUACGCCAUGCUGGCCGCCCUCCAGCAGCACGUCGCCGCCGGCUCUGGGGUGGGAGGAGGACAGUCCGCCGCCGCUGCCGCCGCCGCCGCCUACUAUAAUCCAUUUGCCUCGCUGGUGGGUCGGCCCCUGCCACUGACCAUGAUCCCGUCCACGGGUAUUGCCCCCCAGCAGCCGUCGCCGGUGGUGAGAAGCGCCUCGGCCACCUCCACGUCCUCCUCGCAGGCCUCCCUGGUGGGGGAUGUGGCGCCACCACAGGCUCAUGCCGCCUCCACCAUUCUGCCCUCCUCCUCGUCCUACAUGCAGCAGCUGGGCGGUGUGGCCGGUUCGGCUGUCAAUCUGCAUGCCGCCGCCCUGGCAGCCGCAGCAGCUGCCGGCUCCGCCGGUUCCCUGCCGCCCACCAACAGUCAUGGUGGUCACGGGCACAGUCAUGGGCAUGGACAUGUCCACGGGCAUGGCCACGAGCACAGUCUCUACCAGCAGCAGCAGCAGCAGCAGCACAAUGUUCCCAUCACCGAUGCCCAGGUGGCGCAGGUGCAUCUUCACAAGCAGGGCCACCGGCCGCUGGGCAGGACACAGUCGGCGCCACUGCCCCUGGGACAUCCGAUGCUAACCGGAGCCGGGCAACUGAAUGUGGUCCAAACGCACUACGAGAACAGUGAGGCGGAACGACAGGCCUAUGAACAUCAGGUCCUUAACCAGAAACUCCGUCAGACUGUCCUCACCCGAAGUGGAGCUGCUGCAGCAGCGGCCGCCGUUAGGGAGGCCCAACUCAAGGAGGAGGAGGACGACUCCGCUGCCGAGGUGAUGGACCUCACCGACAAGAAGAAACCGCCCAAAACAGUCCUGACCAGCACCAUCGCCACCAGCACCUCCCAGAAUCUGCCCGAUGCUUUGGCGGCGGCUGUGGCAGCUGCCGCAUAUCGUGCCGCCGUCCAUCCGCCCUCCACCUCGACCACCUCCUCCUCCAGUUCGGUCAAGUCUCGAGAUCAGGAAUACCUUCAACAGCAAAGGGAACAACUGCUCUUGCUGCAGCAGGAGGAGGAGCUAGCAGCGGCGAAGGCGUUGAUGCGACCACUCUCCAGGACACUGAGUAGUCCGUUGGUGCCCCUGGGACCACAUGGUCUGAGCCAGAUCCCGGAUACGGGCCAGCAACCGGCACCGAUAGCCACCAGCUCGUCGGCAGAUCAUAUACCGCCCGUUAACCUCUCGCUGCCGCAUCGCCAGCACCGCCAGCUGAUGAGCACCUUGUAUGCCGCCCAGUUGCGGCAGCACCACCAGCAGCAGCAGCACCACCACCACCACCACCACCAGCAACAGUCGCCACCGCCGGCAAGUGCCACCACGACGGCAGGAACGACAGGAGGAUCAGGAUCACCACCCCACAAGGUCACCACCGGUCUGGCCUUCGAUCCCCUGAUGCUGAAACACUCCUGCACCUGUGGAGGGAAUAACGCCCACCAUCCGGAGCACAGUGGGCGGCUGCAGAGCGUGUGGGCGCGGUUGAAUGAGACGGAUCUGGUGAAGAGAUGCGAUCGGUUGAGGGCCCGGAAGGCCACCCAGGAGGAGCUGCAAACUGUGCACACGGAGGCGCAUGCCAUGCUCUUUGGCUCCAAUCAGUGCCAGCUGAGCCGGCCCAAGCUGGACAAUGCGCUGUCCGCCAGCUUUGUGAAGCUAUCGUGCGGGGGAUUGGGCGUGGAUCUGGACACCACGUGGAAUGAACAGCAUACGGCGGCAGCGGCCCGGAUGGCGGCCGGAUGUGUCAUCGAUUUGGCCUUCAAGACGGCCAAGGGGGAUCUCAGGAAUGGCUUCGCCGUUGUCCGGCCGCCGGGCCACCAUGCGGAGGCCAAUCUGGCCAUGGGCUUCUGCUUCUUCAACUCGAUCGCCAUCGCCGCCAAGCUGCUCCGCCAACGGAUGCCCGAGAUGCGGCGCAUUCUCAUCGUUGAUUGGGACGUCCACCAUGGCAAUGGCACUCAGCAAGCAUUCUACCAAAGUCCCGACAUUCUAUAUCUUUCCAUACAUCGACACGAUGACGGUAACUUCUUUCCCGGCACAGGAGGACCCACUGAGUGCGGUUCUGGUGCCGGUCUCGGCUUCAAUGUCAACAUCUCCUGGUCGGGAGCUCUGAAUCCGCCGCUGGGCGAUGCCGAGUAUAUCGCUGCAUUCCGUACCGUUGUGAUGCCCAUCGCACGUAGCUUCAAUCCGGACAUUGUCCUGGUCUCCUCCGGCUUCGAUGCCGCCACCGGUCAUCCUGCUCCCUUGGGCGGCUAUCAUGUCUCGCCGGCUUGUUUCGGUUUCAUGACCCGGGAACUCCUCCAACUGGCCAACGGCAAGGUGGUACUGGCCCUCGAAGGUGGCUACGAUCUGGCCGCCAUUUGUGACUCGGCACAGGAGUGUGUUAGAGCCUUGCUGGGUGAUCCUGCGGCGCCGAUAGCCAAAGCGGAGCUGGAGCGUCCACCCUGCCAGAAUGCCAUCAAUACACUGCAGAAAACAAUAGCCAUUCAGCAAACCCAUUGGCCCUGCGUCAGGAUACUGGAGCAUACGGUGGGUCUGUCCGCCCUGGAGACCCUCAAGGUGGAGCACGACGAGUCCGAGACUAUUAAUGCCAUGGCUGGCCUUUCCAUGCAGUCGAUGCACAGAACCCUUUCUUGUGAUGAUUCCGAAGAGCCCAUGGAUCAGGAUGAAACCAAAUAGAUAAAGGAAAAAGUGGAUAGCAGGAUACAGAAGGAUGUCCUUUUGUCAGGAGCAGCUGAAAAAGUGGGCGUGGCUGGGCUGGGCUGGGCUGGAGAGGAGGAGGAGGGAGGAGGCUGCUCAAGAAGCACACUUUAGUUAUUUGUUGUAGUUUGAAUUGAUUGUUGUUGCUGUUGUUGUCAUUCAGUGUCUAUCUCUCUCAUUAUCCUUUUAUCUCGCCCUCUCUCUCUCACUCCCUCACUUUUCGAAAAAAAAUACACUGACAAAAAUUGCCUAAAAACAAAAACAUCGAAAUAGAAAACAAGAGAGAGGCUGUGCCUCCAAAAAAAAAUAUUUUAAUUAAAAAACCACCCUAUUUUUUUUUUAAUUUUUAAUUUUAAAACUUAAAAACAACGCACACACGCACUUAAAAAACUCAAUGUAACUUUAUAUAUAUUUAUAAAUGUGUGUUAAAAACAAAUACUUUAAGUAAAAAUUAUAAAAAAUUUUAUAAAAUAAAUAACGAGUGUGCUGAUUUUUUUAAAUCAAGUUUUUAGAGAAACUUAAAAAAUAAAAUAAAACCUGCCCUUAAAAAACGAAACAGAAAGAGAGGGAGAGAGUGCGAGAGAAAAAGAAAGAGAAAGGAACAGAAAAUACGAGAAACAAAAAAAAACUUAACAAAUAACAAAAAAAAAAUGAGAAAAUUAAGAAAUCUUUUUGUACAAUUUUAUAGUUUAGUGCAAGUUUCAAGUACAACAUAAAAUAUUAUUUAAAAACAAGAGCAGUCUAUAUUAUAAAAUAAUUAAAUAAUUAACAAUAUAUUGUGCAAUAAAUGUGAGAGAAAUAAAUUUUAAAAAUAAAAACUAAAGUGCAGAAAGCAGAGCAAGAAUCACACAUAAAAACUACAAUUUUAAACUAAAAAACAAAACUAAAAAGUAAAAAAUUAAAUAUUAAAAAAACGAAUAAAUUGUUGUUAAAUGUUGCCGAGAUCUUAUAUACGUAUGUAUACCUAAUAACUGUUAAAAUAAUAACCCAUUUCAUAUAUAAUUAUAUAUAUAUAUUAUAUAUAUCUAUAUAUAUAUAUAUAUAUAUAGUUAUAUAUUUAAAUAAUAUUAAAUAUAUAUAUUAAAGUAUCGCAUAACGAUAAUGAUGUUCAACAAAUGUCUGAAAUGAAUUAAAACUAUUAUUAUUAUGAUUAUUUUUAUUAUUAUUAUUAUGAUUAUUAUUAUUAUUAUAAUAUAUGUAAAUAAAACACGAAACAAAGUGAACAAUUUUAAUAAAAACAAAAAAGCAAAUUGAGAAAAUUAAAAAAAAAACGCAUACAGAGAGAGAAAAAAAUAUUAAGGAGGAGCUCAGGGCAGGACCCGCAGGGCUUUGAAUCCGGUCAUGUUUUUUUGUAAUUUUUUUUUUGUAACUGUUAAAAAAAAAUAUUAAAAAAAAAAAAGAAACUCAAGUGUUUAGCUGCUGUAAUUUGUACUCGUGUACCUUUAGCUGUGUAUAGCCAUCUCUGUCUAACUAAAAAAUAAAUUAAAAUUAAAAAUAAAAAAAAAAAUUAAGAGAAAAAAAUUGGUUAAAAAUAAAAUGGAAAUCACAACGAGAGAUGGACGAAAGACGAUCCAAAAAAACUGGAUGUUGGAAACAUUUGUUAACAAAUAUCGAAACAGAAAUGAACAGAAAAAAAUAAAAUUAAAAUAAAAACUAUUAACACACAAACAAAAAACUUAACUAUUAAGCUAAGAGCUUUAGUCUACAAAUUUAUAAAUAUAUAUAUAUAUAUUUUUAUUUGAUUUUAUUUCCAUAACAAUUCCUGAUCCCAUUCCCAAAAAAUAAAUUGAGAUUUUUGGUUUCUUCAGGGGUUAUCUCUUGGCUUUCUAAUUUUAAAUUUUAAAUCCCAAACAAAAUUAUGCUGAUAAGCAAAAACCUGAAUUAAAAAAAUACAAUCUACCUAAAAAAACUCAAAAAUAUUGUUGUUACACCGGAAAAAAAUAUAUGAUAUAAUAUAAUAACAAGAACUACAAAAAAUAAUAAUUCCAGAUGCUGAGGAUAAAAAAAAUGGUUUUUAACAAAAAGAAAAUAAUGAAGAAACAAAAAACCUUAAAAUCAAACAUUUAUAUUUUGUUUAUUGUUGCACAAAAAAUACAAAAAAAAUAAAACAGGAAAAAAUGUAAGUCCAAAAACAUAAAGUAAUUAAGAGUAAAAUGUGUGUCGCUUUUUCUAAACGAAAUAAAACAAAGAAAUCGUCAAGCGUA